ACCAUCACCGCUGCCACCACCACCGUUGCCACUACCAACGCUACCACUACCAACGCUGACACUACGACAGUCACCACACCGGAUACCCGAUGCUGCGGCAGACCCAACAGAGCUACACGCAUUGUCGGUGGCAUGGAGACCGAGGUCAACGAGUACCCGUGGCAAGCUUUUGUGCUCGUCCGAGCCAACGGCGCUUCUUCCGGGUGCGGAGGCACCGUCAUCAACGAUCGUUACGUGUUGUCGGCGGGUCACUGCUUCAGCCGCUCCACCUCCCCGGCUCAGAUCGAGGUGCGGCUCCGUAGGCACAGGAUCGACGUCCCGGAAGAUGACCUUCCCGUCACCAUCUCGGAGCUUACCAUUCACCCCAACUUCCGGACCGUCAGAGCCGGUUUCGAUUUUGCACUACUGAAGCUGUCCACGCCACUGAACUUCCCGACCCUAAACAACCUCGUGGCCCCCGCCUGCCUUCCAAGCGGCGGUGACUUCGCUAACGUCGACGCCGUGGUCAGCGGCUGGGGUGCCACUUCCGAGAACGGCCCGGUGGCCUCAGCUCUCCGUGAAGUCACUGUCCGCACCCAGACAAACGCCGUGUGUCUCCGUGCGUAUAGGUCAAUAACCUCGACUAUGAUCUGCGCGGGUGUCGACGGCGGCGGCAAGGACUCGUGCCAGGGCGACAGUGGCGGCCCGCUGGUUACGCCAGUGGGUGGUCGAUACACGCUCAUCGGUGUCGUCUCCUGGGGAACCGGCUGCGCCCGGCCCGACUUUCCGGGAGUCUACGCUCGCGUGACGUCCGUGCUCAACUGGAUCGAGACCAACACGGAAGACGCCAACCUCUGCUAGACGUUGCAGGGGCGGCAUCCCUGCAACUCUGGGGUUGCAGGUGGCCGCGCACCGCCUGCAGUCCAUUUGACCACCGAUGUGUCUCCUCAAGUCGUCAUGAUAACCGCAAGUCCGACGCCGAAGGCUGGCAUGGACAGCGCCGUGAAGACACCAGUUCGCAAUUUGGGCGCACGAUUACAACGUUCGCUUUGCUUUGGCCCUUCGCGCUGCUACAGCGGGAUCUGGAACAUGUCGGCCGUAGUUCGCAGAACCUCCGCAAAAGGAAGGUUAGAGUUUUGUGCCCAAACUGCGAACUGGUGUUACCUCCAAGGCAGUGUCUGGAAAAUUAAAUGGCUGUUGCUUGGUCGAAAACUCACCCGACACCACCAUUUUGGUUGUUGUGAUGUUUGUUCCGACCAAGCCAAACAUGAUGUUUGUCGCGAAACGCCUGCGCAGUGUGCUGUGCGAUGCACCACAUAUGUCUCUUUUUCUGAUCUGUACGAUU